AUGGAUGGCACUCGUCGAGUGGAUUUGAAAGACUUCGUCGAAACGGAUACUGCCUACGCAGUAGUGGUACAAGCAAUCAACGACGAUGGACCUGGCCCAUAUUCGAAUCAAUACACCAUUCGCACAAUGUCGCGAGGUAAGAUACUACAGCAUCAUUUUUGUGGAUUUGAUCAUUUCGAACGUACUUCAGCUCGAGAAGGCCCGCCAACAGACUUGAGAACAGAUACUGCUUACGCAGUAGUGGUACAAGCAAUUAACGACGAUGGACCUGGCCCAUAUUCAAAUCAAUAUACCAUUCGCACUAUGUCGCGAGCUCGAGAAGGCCCGCCAACAGACUUGAGAGUGGACCCAGAUGGUCAGAGAUCGGCAGUGAUGGAGUGGAAGAAACCAACUACAACAGAUGAGAACCCGAUUGGAUAUGAAAUUUACUAUGUGCCUGGUGAUAAGAGCGUUGACGCUGACGAAUUGGUGCUGAGCGAUUGGUCGAAAAUCGUUAUCGAUGAUCCAAAUAAGCUGACGCACAGAAUCCAGAACUUACUGCAACCAGACACCGACUAUGUGUUCAAGAUUCGUGCCAUGUAUCCCGAUGGACCCAGCGUGUUUUCCGAACCUUGCAUCAUGAAGACAUUGCCAGAUGGUCUGUUCUCCUCUCCUAUUAGACGAUCAAAAGCUCAAUUCUCACUCUUACAGGAAACGCGCCAUACAUCCAAAUUUCGACUGGUGAAAAUGGAGUGGCUGGUAGCACCGACAUCGAUGUUUUGCCCGGAUCACAGAUCACAGUAUCCUGCAAUGCUACAGGACUGCCGCUGCCUUCCGUGA